AUGGCGUCCUUGAGUGAGCAAAGUCGAGUAAGGGAAUUGUUCGAUAAUAUGACUUUAGGAGUCGUUCGAUCUCUUGGUAAGUUUGAAACUAAUAUAUAUAAAUGUAUAAUAAUCAGAACAAGAAUGGUAAUACUCGUUUUGGCAGCAAACACAUAAGCGACAACCGUUGAAUCAUCUGCAACAUCGAGAAAUUUGGAAACACAAAGUAGCGGGCAGAAAUUAAAAAAUAGCAAGUGAUAAAGAGUUUAGUCACCUUUUUCUAGUGAAAGUAAAUUUUGUUGUAGAAAAGAAGCCUGGUGUGACAGAUGUGCGUCUACUGGAUAGGCAGCCUGCAGAAAAACACAUCAUCUUCACAUGGGAGCAGGUCAGACAUUUUACGGUAUUUGAUAAUCAGUAAAUGGUUGAGGAUUUUCGUUACUAUCAUUGCUGGGUCAGUUGCUCACCUGCAGUGAUCAGCAAACUGUUAAUUUUAUUUCUAAUCAACCACAUUAAUAAGUAAAUCAAUGAGCUAUUGAAUAAAGGGUUAAAUUUCUGUAGAGUGGUGUUGCAUUGUUGGGAGAGUAAAAAACAAAUAUUUGGUUUUAUCACCUGACAGGGCUGACAGUAAAGUCCGGGAGCCAAGAAUUUCCCCUGGGUUUUACUUCCACAGAAAACAAAGGAAAAAUAUAGAACCAAAAGAACUUCCUAGCUUUUAGAUCCCCACCUACUUAUGCAACCUUGUUCCCAUUGUCCUCUCCUAUUUGGCCCCAGUGGCGUCUCUCUCGCCAUGGGGGCCGAGUAGGAGAGGACCCUGGGAACGAGGUCGCUACCAAGGCCGCUACUAAUAUUUUGCCGCAUUGCAACAUAGCAAUUAGCUAAUAAAUGAUUAAUAAUUAACUAGAAAAAAUCUAACCAAAAAAGGCAUCUGUUAAGAGUAUCAGUUUUUUACACAUAUUACACCAAAAUAGAUGUAGAAAAACUAAUUAAUUGCUCAAAUAAUGAUGUUAUUUCAUUUUUUUUUUUGUGUUUGACAGAAGAACAUGUGUAUCCUUCCAGAUGACUUGAAAAGCUUUUUCCUGACAACAAAUGGCCUUUUGAUACAGUGGAGCAUCAAGUUUGAUGGUGACAAUAAAAACACUGCUAAACCCUUUUGAAAUUGAAACUUUUCUGUACAUAGAAUUGCAGAAGAUGGUUGGUCAGUCGUUAAUAAUUCUUACAGAGUAAUUUUCGUAUCACCUUGAAAACUGGUUUCAGUAAGUGUUUGUUAUUUGUUUUAUCAGCUAAUCGAUGAAAAGAUCAAAACAUGGACUCUUUGUUUUUCCACUAAAGAAAAUCCUAAUAUGGAGAAGGCAUUGUUUGAUUGACCAAUCGUGUUGCAGUAUGAUGUCAAAGCAAAGUAUCGACUGAUUUCAAGAAGGUGCUUGGGCAUGAACUUUUUUCAUGCGAGCGUUCACUUAACCAACCAAAAUUAAGCCACACAUGUUUUUAUCUGUUUGAUAAACCAAUCAAAUCACUCUAUUUGCAUUCGUUUGUUGUUUCUGUUUUGUUCGUGCAUUUUCAUUUCAAGGUCAUAAAAAAAUCACUCUAUUGUCCUUUGUUUUCAGGGAGUGUCUUACCACUUGGGAAGAUGGAACUUAAUCCUGUAGCAGGUUUAGUGUUGCUAUCACGAGCAACAGCUGUUUGUGAUGAUAAACCAUCUUUGGCUGAUUUAGACUCCGAGGAAGAUGACGAUGAUGAACAUGGUAACUUUCUUUCAACUACUGAGAUCAAUUGUCUUAUCCCUAUUAUCUUUAUACUGUCUUAUUACAAGAAGAGGUAGUAAUUUCCCCUCCCAAAAGAUAGCCUUUUUAAUAGAUUAAUUUCUAAAUAUCAUAAACUAGCUUUAUGAAUAUUAGAUCUUAGAAAUUUAAUAAUUGAGUUCACUUAAUGUAUUCAUAUUAUUAUUCAUUGAUAAUUCUUUGAGUAACCCUCCCGAGUUUUUUUCCUGAGACAAUAAUAUUGGUUUUAAAUCAAACAAUUUCCUUUACGUUAAUCACUGCAGGUCAUGUAAAGCCACACUUUGACAACCGCUGUAAGGUUUUUGAACUUGAUCCAUGUGAUGGACAUGGUAAAGUCUGCUUGGUUUACAAAGAUGUGAAAGCUGGUAGGUGAAAUUCUGAUAACAUGUUAUCAGGUUAGACCUUACAAUAUGCAGAGGGCUUUAAAAUAAUUCAUCAUUCAUGGCAUUCAAUAUGUUGAAGAGUUUGAAAGAAAGUCAUGUCUGAAAGCUCAGGGCUAGUGGAUUUUGCUAUCAGGCUAGUGAAUUCUCUUUUUAGUACAAGCUACAAUCGGCGACAAAAUUGUUGAGACAUUGUACUCAAAUAGGGUAACUUCGGAGAACAAAAGAAUCCGCACCCCUCCCCUGUCCCCACCAUUCAAAGUUGGGGUGUGUGUUGUUUUCUAUAGGUGGCUAGAACAAGGGCACAACAUUUCACGGAGGGGAUGGGGGAGGAAUGCUAUAUUUCCCCCUUUUGAAGUUAGUAAAACAUAAAAAAAGCCCAGUUUUGGGUGAAGUGUCUCAACUCAUUUUGUCGCCGAUUGUCUGAAUCGAAAUCUACGCGCUGUUGUCCUAUUAGCGGCGGUUAGAAGACGAUAACUAGUUGAGCUUACUGUAUUCACCGGGUCGUUAUUCAGAAGAUAGAUAAGAUACCCAUAUAGGUAAUCCCUUUCCUGUGUUUCUCGAUGGAAAAUUAGUUUUGACAAUCUUUGUACUCAGUAGUGUUUUCAAGUAAUUACGCAGCGUACCCGCGUACCGAAUGAUUGAUUUUCCUCUGGCAACUAAGUGUAAUCAUUAGGAAUUGAUGGCAGAUAAUAUAUUGUAUUUGAAUAUAUCCCUAGUAAGUUUGAAGUGUUUAUUUGAAGUUUGGCUAUUUGAUAAGGGUGGGAGGGACGAUAAAAUAGCCAUGAUUGCUAUGCGCAGGAGAAUUUUCAGGAUAAAUGUUCCAACUUCUAACGCACAGCAAAGCUACAUAGCAUUGCUAAAUCUGUGCAGUAGAUUCGUUGCCCAUAUACCCAUAAGGGUCUUUGAAGAAUGUACUUUACAAUAGAAACUAUGAGGUCAGGAGGAGACUGGCCACGAGUAACCACGAGUAAGUAACUUUGUUCUUAAAAGAUAAUCAGAUUAUUUUAUCUUAUACUCAUCGUGGUUACUCGUGGUUACUCAUGGAAAUUUCUCCUAAAGAGCAAUUUUAGCCAUUAUAACUACUUUAAUGCCUAAAAAAUCUAUUAACUUUUCUAUCCUUUUCACUUUGUUUUUUGUUUCGAUGCAUUUCGAUAAAGGAGAGAACAAGAAAUCGUGCGUGACGCGCCACAUCACACGAUGUCAAGGCACGGUUGAGCUUGACACGAAAUGUCACGCACUGAAAAUAACGAAAUCGCCUUAUUCUAAUUGUUCUAAAAUAGAUAUGAUGAAGUCAAACAACAAAUAAAAAGCUAACAGGGGUCUUACAUCCCAGCAUAAAGAAAUGAAUUCAAUUAAUCUUCUAAAGGACGUACGGCCACUUUUGCGAUUCAGACAAUCGGCAACAAAAUUGUUGAGACAUUGUACUCAAAUAGGGUAACUUUGGAGAACAAAAGAAUCGGCACCCCUCCCCUGUCCCCUCCAUUCAAAGUUGGGGUCUGUGUUGUUUUCUAUGGCUAGCUAGAACAAGGGCACAACAUUGCACAGAGAGGAUGGGGGAGGAAUGCUAUAUUUCCUCCUUUUGAAGUUAAUAAAAUGCAAAAAAGCCCAGUUUUGGGCGAAGUGUCUCAACUCAUUUUGUUGCCGAUUGUAGCUACAGCUUUCCCUAAUUGCAGGCCGUAAAACUGACUCUCCUUGCACCCUGGGGAGGGGGGCUUAAUAGUGGAGUUAUAUUAUAGAUACUUAAUUAUUAUAAUAUCUUGUUUGCCUUAGGAGUAACUACCAGUCAGCCAGAAAUUUGGUUUCUGGAUCGUUCCCUGGAGUGGUCGUAUCUCGCAUCUUGCUUCACAGAUUACUUUAGAAUGAUGAUAGUGCACCUUGGUCUUCCCGUCUGGCAAUACCUUUUUACCUCAACAGGACUCAGUCCAGAAACAAAGGUUAGUUUUGCCAGUUCCCAUGCUAAAUACUUUCACUCAAAAUAAUACAGUGGCCAAGGUAAAAAUCUCCCUUAAAAAUUAAAAACUCUAAAAACUAUUAAGCAAAAUUUCGUCAAAUAGGUUUUUCCUGAAUGGUUUUUAAAACCUGUAGGAUUUUUCAACAGAUUUAACAGUAAGAGAGACAAGUAAUUUCACCAGAACUUAGCGUAGGAAUGAAAUUAAUGAGGGUGAAAAGGAAGGGUAGUGGCUAGGAAGUGGAGAGCAAUUAAAGGGGAGCAUAAUGCGCAAUAGUUAAUUUUCAUGGGAUUGGAAACAUCAUGGCCAGUUUCUAAGACUGUAAAGCUGUCAUAUCUUGAAGGUCAGGUUUUUGUCAAAUAAGAAAUGGCAAUGUUGUAAACAGCUCCCUCGCUAUCUUGAAAAUAUAAAAACAAAAUUGUCAAUAGGAUCUAUACCCCUCCCCUGUGCCUAAAUGUGCUGCAAUUGCAGCUUGCAGGAAGGAAUUUACAGUACGUCAUCUUAAAUGUUGAAAUAUAUGAUUCUUUUUCUCACCAGCAAUGGUUUAAUCUUUAUGCACCGACAAGAUUAGCAAUUGACACAGCUAACAUGGAUCAACAAAGCAAACAGAAAGCAAGCCCAGCAGAAGUUAAUCAGCCGGCCACAAGUCUUCCAUUCAAUGCAUUGGAUGUCAACAGACUUUUUAAGGGUAAAACAGACAAAGGAAAAGUAAACAGUCCCAGGCAAAGAAACCACCACCAGGGAAGACUCAGAAUCUUGGUCAAAGUCGCGGUGGGCAACUUGGUAGAAUGCCCCCAAGAUGAGUGCAAUCUAUGAUUGAUUAGUGCCUACAGAAGCAGGGUGUCAAGUUCACACUCUUCUGAGACUGUCAGUCAAAGAUUAGAACAAGUGACUGAGAAAGCACUUAUUAAUCACGAUCAGCCUUCACUUAAAAUGCAGUCAAAACCAUUCACUCUCAGAGG